AAUGGAAUUGAAUAAAUUGGACCCAAAAAGGGAAAGAGAAAUAGAGAACGUAUUUGUGAAAUAUUCAGAAAUUGUGGAUGACGAAGCCCUGGAUGAAAGCAACUAUGAGACGUUGGUCGAAGAUGAUGGAGGGCAGAGAAAAGGAAGAAAUAAAGAUAGAUCUGAAAGACUUCUUGACGGGGAAACCUUAAGUCAUGCAUGUGAAAAAUGGAAGAAAAAAGUUGAUGAAUUCCAGAAGACCAUCACUAAAGCGAAAGAACCUACCGAAAAAGAACCUGAUAAA